AUGAUCAGAGAGCACUGGAAAUCCACUUGGUCUGAAGGAGCCCUGGACUGCCUCUAUUCCGGUACUGCACGUAGUACCGAGACUCCGACUCCCUCUGGAAAAGGCGAGCAAAAGGUGUCUCAGGAAAGGAGAAUCACCAGGUCCCAUCCUUCUCUACCAGCCCCCCAAGACAUCUUCUGCGAGACACGCAGCAGUCCUCUCCAAAAGAGGCCUGAGGGUUCACUUGACGUGCUGCUCUGCUCGCCAGUGAAAGACAGAGGGGCCCCUUUGGGGCCUUGGACUCCCCCCCAAGCAUCACAGCAAAGGCAGGACCGCCUUUCGAACUCAGAGGACGAUGCGCGAGCGCACCAACUGCGGCGUCAGCUGCAUAAUCUGAGGGCUGAAAGCCACCGCAAGGCCGCACGCCUCAGAAAGGAGAGACAGCAACUUCAGCAGCAGCUGGCUGAGGCUAGGCAGCACCAGCAGGUGCUGCAGUUGAGGCAGCAGCAUCGCAGCAGCAGCAGCGAAAGUAGCGAAAACGGGAGCUCCAUCGAGCCCUGGGCAUCGUCGAUGGCGCUGCCGAUUAUGCCGCGUAGAAACCGCCCCUCACCUCGGGGCCCCAAGGGAAUUCUUUUGCCACCCUUCUCUCCCCGCAUGGUGCUCCUGCAUGUCUACGACUUGACGCCUGCCAUAUCGGCCUACAUCAACCGAAUCAUGAGGCCCUUUGGUGCGGGGGCUUUCCACGCGGGUGUCGAAGUCUUUGGCCAAGAGUACUGCUUUGGGCAAACGCCUGACGACACCACCGGAGUCAACGUCUGCGAGCCAAUGCAGCAUCCCGCUCAUAUAUACAGAGAGACUGUCCCCAUGGGCCCAACAGACUUGAACGUGGACGACUUCUGCUCUCUGAUGAAUACGCUGAAGAAAGAAUGGCCAGGCAACUCCUACGACAUUCUUACGAGGAACUGCGUCAAUUUUGCCGACCACCUCUGCAUCCUCUUAGGAGUAGGCCGCGUGCCUGCUUGGCUCUUUAGGCUGCAGAACCAGGCGAAUUCCAUCAAGGGAGGAGCCCGAGCAGCAGCGGCAGCAGCCGCUGCUGCUGCUCGACAGCUUCAGCGCCUGGACACGCACGCAGGGAUCUCAGCAACUGCAACGGCAGCAGCAGAAGCAGCAGCCCAUGCCGCGUCUGCUGCCGCAGGAGCAGCUGUUUCCUUUGGAAGGCUUUUAAAGCAAGCGCACCAGGAUGUGAGGCUUUCCGAUGAAAUGGGAAGAUACAUACUAGCGGGCGUAAAUUUUCUUGGAGAGCGUUUGGCUGAGGGCGUCUCUUGCCUUCCUUCAGAGUGGCACGAGGACGACUGUCACUACUCGGAGGCCUUUUCUUCCUGUCAAAGGUGUCCCCAGCUGUCUGCAGACUCCCUUGGGAUCCUUGAAGAAAAAGCCCUUCCGGGGCCCCCUUCCGAUCAGAAAGAGAAAGACAAAGAGCAAGGGGUUCAUUUAAGCAGCACGGCCCUUGAAACUCCCACUGACUCCAAUGACGCAUUUUCGCGCUAA